CUAAGGCUCUAAUUGACUGUACCUUUUAUCGUUUCUUGUUCCAUAUUUUGUCCAACACUCCUCCUUUCCCCUCAACCAUUGAUAUUUAUUCCACUCUCAGUAUCCAGGGUCAACUUGCAAAGACCCUUUAUGGCUAACACCCUGGUGCAGGAUGUCUGCUGGAUAAAAGUUAAGUCAUUUGGGCGAUUAUUUUUACCGUGAAAUACUAUCCACAUAAAAUAAAUCUAAAUUAAAGUUCAAUAUUUCCGAGAAGCUGAAUCAGAGGCUUCCAUUAGCUGUUAGCAGUAAUCAUCAGAAUUAUCCUUAAAAUAUUCCCUGGUGUGUAAUUUAUAAUACUGUAUUUUAUUUUGUCUUUUGAAUUAAAAUAUUGAAGCAAAGAAAGUUUUUAUGAUAUUCUAAUUUACUGACAUACACCUGAAUAAUAAAUUUGAUCCUAUAUGUAUGGAGUAAGAUAACUGCCAAUAAAGACGUGUAGGUUUCUGAAUUUGUAAAUGUAAGUCAAUAACACUGUAUAGAUUUAACAUAUGUAUUUGUUCUGUGUUGUUAAUCAUGUGACAUCACAUGUUUCCUCUGUCGGAAUACAAGUUCAGACGUCGCCACCACAUGUCGGAAAAUCCGAAGUACGAUUGCAAAAUAUUUUUUCAUGUGAUUCAUGUGAAGUUUGUGGUUUCGGAAUUUGUGAUUUUUACUUGUAAAUUUUUAAUUCGCACCGGCGGUAAAUAUAUGAUUCCUUCUUAUACAUUGUUAAGUUCUUAUCAUGCAUUUGUUGUUUGUAGUCAAUACUUCUCAUGAAUUUUUAGAUCUCAUAUAUAAUUAUUAAUUAAUUCUUCUAAAUUUGUAUUUUUAAAUGUGUUCUUGGUCCUCAUAAAUCUGCGAUUUGUACUGAGAAACUUUCACACUCAGACAUUUUUGUUGAUACAGGUAAAUUUGUUCCUUUUUUGUGCUUGUUUCCUUGUAUUGUGGCCGAGUUCUACUGUACCUUUAUAACUUGCAUUCGCACAAUGAAACAUAUGAUAUACAGGUUUUAUUGACUUACAUUUAUACAUUUAGAUUUUUUUAUCAAUAGUUAUCCUAUUCCAUAUAUAUACUCUCUGUUUCAUACAUGAUUAUUAAAAUUUUGUACAAAAGAUGCUAGUUUAGCAUUUUCCACAUAAUUUUUUGUUCAUGUAUGUGAAAUGAGCAGAUUUUGUUGACAGUUUUUAUAUUUACAAGCUACAAAAUGCUAUGUUAUUAAAGCUAAAUAUCUUAACCGUCAGUCAGUUAAUGUCUUAGAUGUGUUUUUAAAGCAGUUUAAUAUCAAAGGGUAGUCAGCUGAGUUACCUUAGUAAGUUUAUUUCUCUUUAUUCUGGGUCUGCACCCUGACUUGAGAGUUUUCAUUGUUUUUCCAUGUGCUCUCUUUAGCCGUUACCUGGUAACAUGGAAAGGGAUUACAUAACAUGGUCCUUCCCAUCAUGCUUUGCACUCAUUAGACUGGAAUCCACAAAUAGAGACCUGCUUCAAAUUGACAGUGUUUGGCUCUGGAUUUAUCUUUUUUCUUUUAAUUACCAGCCAAGAGAUCACAAUAUCCCCCACAGACUCUCACACACGUGUGUUGCUCUCUAAUGGUGUUUACUAUGUUUAAAGUCAAAAGAUAUAAUAUUAAGACAUCUUAAAAGCAGUGUGUUGUUAUGUUAUUUUGACAUGCCAGGUGAUAACUUUUAGAUAAAGUCCAGCAUGAAAUAGUGGAGAGAAAAACGCAUGCUGUCAAGUGAACGUUUGUUUUUUGGCUUUGUGCUUUGUCUCAUACGAUGUUUUCUUUCAGAUGCAUUCGCCUGGCUUUGGAAUCAAAGGAAGUUCAGGGAGAAAAUCUCGUGAAAGAUUUCUUCCAGUACGCCAACAAGCUCCUCCUGAGCGAUCAUGCCACAGGCUUCCAGAUCAAGGAGGUUGUGCGGAAAAACGCUGCUAAUGCUCUGUCUGUGGCCAACAUGGUCAUGGGCAUGGCCUCCAUCCUCAGCAGCCUGAACGGGCACCAUCACGCGGCAUGCUGGCUGGUUCUGAUUGGGUACCUCCUAGAUUUGGCAGAUGGAGCGGUUGCCAGGCAACUUAAUGCCUGCUCGGCACUGGGUGCAAAGCUGGAUGAUUUUGCAGACUUUACCACGUUCGGGAUCGCUACAUCUCUGCUGCUGAGGACAUCCGACCUGCUGGACAACGUCCUAUGCAUGUGCUACGUGCUGUCCGUGUUCGUCCGGCUCUGUUUCUUUUCUAGUGGUAUUCCAUUCAUGUACCGCGGCCUCCCCUGCAUCUACUCCUCAGCCAUCCUAGCCAGCGCCUCCUUGCUGUCUGGAGGAAACAUGACAGUUUUACGGGUCAUAGCAGUGGCCAUGAUUCUCUUUAUGAUCAGUCAGAAUUUCUAUCCCCAUGAUAAAGUGCUGGAGUCUCAGACCUGGAAGAAGGUGGUGUAUGCUGGGGGAGUUGCCAUGGUAUUCUGCUCUUCCUUCCCCCCUGCAUGUGUCUACUACCUGCUGUGGUCUGUCUCUUACAUUCUGUUUCCCACAUCACUUUGGAGCUGUAAACUGUAAAGUAAUGCAUACGUUUACGAGCUGCUGCAGCUUUGUAGCUCGGGAGAAGAAAUACUCAUUACUUCAUGGCAAAAAAUUCUCUAUUUUUGAUCUUUUAUGCUGAUGUGAAACUUGACUGAGAAGACUUGGCAAAGAGGAGCAAGGAUUGGUUUCUUUUCCUUCAGUGUUACCAAUGAGGAUUAACUUGUCUUAUGUCUUCUUUAGUCUGUUGCAUUAACACCAAUCGGAGGGAUCGUUUUCAUCAGGUUUGCCUCCACGUUUUAUCUGUUUUUAUCAGUAUUAUUUAUCAGCAGUGUUGAAAACAGGAGGCAGCAGGGGAACGUCGCCUUUUUUUUAAGAACAGUACGAAAGGAAAAGUUUGUUGUGUAAAAAGAUAACCUCAGUUCUCUCUUCUUUAAUAUUUCUUUCAUUUUAAUAUUUUUAUAUUAUGUUUUUACACCAGAGAUAGUUCAAUAGGUUUCUCUGCAGGCGCUUUCCUGCAGGAAUAGAUCUCUGCUGCAUACCAUAGAUAAACAUAAGUGACAGAGUUGCAGGCAUUAUUUAAAACAUUAAUUCACCAAGUUGGGGUCCCUUAUCAACCAGUAUCUUGAUAAUUUCACAAAAAUUAUGUUAGAGUUCUUUAAGAUUUAAAAGCAUCACUUAAAAAUAAACAAAACCUCUUAGAUUAUUGAUGCUGUUUUAAUAAUAUUACUCCGGUGUUAAACUGAUUUUAAAGAAAUCUUCCCUUAGCGAAUGACUCUGGUGCCUUUUUGUGGGUCAGAGUCUUAAAAGUUGUGAAAUUUCCACCUUAAAAGCUCGACUUCUAUAAAAUCAGCAUGUUAAACGGGAUCAUAGAUGUUAAAAAAAAAACUGGUUUAACAUAAUAAUGCUAUUUAUAUUAUUUGAUGUGCGGUUUUGGUUGUGUUCUUUUUUUUGCUAACCCUUGCAUUCACUGAUUGCAAACAUUUCUUUACGUAGAACUCUUCUACAUUUUCCUAUAUUGCAAAUACAUCUGCGAACUGCUGCAUUAGCUUCCUAUUGUCUGCCUCUGUUUUAGGAGGCAUUGAAAUAGUCAGUAAACCAACACUAUCACCCACAGAGCGCCAUGCUAUUUCUGUGUCAACCCCUAAGUUCACUGUGAGAAUUUCUGGUCACUUCUUCAAAUAGAAUGUCACAUCUGCAGCCUGAAAAUUGUUCUUUGGGGAUUUGUGGCUUUAAACUUGAUAAUCAGGUGCUUUAAACCCUG